UAAAAUAAAAUUGAAUAUGAAAUAGUUUUGGAAUUACUUUUUAUAUGUAAAUAUAGUAUAUAGUAAAGUGAUUAAUUCUUUGCUCAAAACGUUGUAGAACAAAUUAGUCUUUCGAAGAGUACAAAAUUCGUCAUGCUGAAUCAAAUUAGUCCGUUUAAAAUGCUAAUAAGGCGUACAGCAUUUGUACCUGCAUACAAACCACCAGUUGAAAAAGAUUUUGAAACAAUAAGAUACUUUAUAAGUCGUCAUAAGAAAAUACUAAUACUCACUGGCGCUGGAAUAUCUACAGAAUCUGGAAUACCUGACUACAGAUCGGAGGAAGUUGGUUUAUAUGCAAGAAGUAAUCACAAACCAGUACAGUAUCAAGAGUUUGUGAAAUAUCCUAAAGUGAGACAAAGGUACUGGGCCAGAAACUUUGUGGGGUGGCCCAGAUUUAGUGCAGUACAGCCAAAUGCUACACAUUAUGCUAUUAGAGAAUUAGAAAAGAUCAACAAAGUGAGUGCAAUAGUGACACAAAAUGUUGAUCGCCUUCAUCAUAAGGCAGGUUCGGAGAAUAUCAUUGAGCUACAUGGUACUGGUUACAUAGUUAAAUGUUUACAAUGUACUUAUGAAGUGGAUAGGUACGAGUUGCAGGAGACAAUGAUGCAGCAGAAUCCGGAUAUGGAGAAUAGUGUUACGAUGAUCAGGCCCGAUGGAGAUGUUGAAUUGUCUAGAGAACAAAUUGAAAAGUUCAGAGUACCAUUGUGUCCGAAAUGCCAAGGUCCUUUGAAACCAGAUAUAGUGUUCUUUGGUGACAAUGUGCCGAAAGAACGAGUAGAAAAGGUUAGGAGCGAAGUGAGUGACAGUGAUGCUAUAUUUGUAUUAGGUUCAAGUCUAACAGUGUAUUCGAGUUAUAGAAUAAUAUUACAAGCUAAGGAGGAAAAGAAAGAAGUGGCCAUUUUGAAUAUUGGACCAACCAGAGCUGACAAUAUUGUGGAUAUAAAAAUAUCCACUAAAUGUAGCAAUAUAUUGAUGAAUUUACAUAAUACGAUUUGAUUUCAACGUUAAUGUUUUUGG